UCCCGUCCUCGUUUUCCUCUCAGCUUUAAGAAAGAAAGCCUGAAGAGAAAUCAGUUCAGAGCGGAUCACAGCUGGCUGCAGGAGGAGCAGAGACUUGAAUAUACGUGUCAUCAUGGAAGAAGUACUGGCGCCUUUAAGAGAGGCUGUGAGGGAACAGGGUGAUUUGGUGCAUCAAUUGAAGGGAAAGGGCGCAACGGAGCAGGAAGUGAGCCGAGCUGUUGCAGAGCUGAAAGCCAGGAAGAAGAUUCUUGAAGCCAAGGAGCUAGCUCUGCAGCCCAAAGAUGAGACGGUGGACAGAGUGAAAAUGGAGGACACCUUGAAGAGGAGGUUCUUCUACGACCAGGCUUUUGCCAUAUAUGGAGGUGUGAGUGGCUUGUAUGACUUCGGCCCCGUGGGCUGUGCCCUGAAGAACAACAUCCUGCAGGUGUGGAGGCAGCACUUCAUCCAGGAGGAGCAGAUCCUGGAGAUCGACUGCACCAUGCUGACCCCCGAGCCCGUCCUCAAGACGUCGGGGCAUGUGGAUAAAUUCGCUGACUACAUGGUGAAAGACGCCAAGACCGGAGAGUGCUACCGCGCUGAUCACCUCCUCAAAGCUCACUUAAAAAAACUGAUGUCUGAUGAGAAAUGCUCAGCAGAGAAGGUGACCGAGAUGGAGGAUGUCAUCACUCAGAUGGACAACUACACCCAGAAGGAGCUGAGCGACCUGUUUGUGAGAUACAACGUCAAGUCUCCGUCCACAGGAAAUGACCUCACACCUCCCGUCUCCUUCAACCUGAUGUUCAAGACGUCCAUCGGACCAGGGGGGAACAUGCCCGGCUAUCUGAGGCCUGAAACCGCUCAGGGGAUGUUCCUCAACUUCAAACGCCUGCUGGAGUUCAACCAGGGAAAACUUCCCUUCGGUGCCGCUCAGAUCGGAAACUCCUUCAGGAACGAGAUCUCUCCUCGCUCUGGACUCAUUCGCGUCAGAGAGUUCACCAUGGCUGAGAUCGAGCACUUUGUGGACCCGAACGACAAGAUCCACCCGAAAUUCUCCAACGUGGCCGACCUGGAGAUCCUGUUGUUCUCCUCCAAGGCUCAGACCAGCGGCCAGUCUGCACAGAUCAUGAGGCUGGGAGACGCUGUGGAGCAGGGAGUGAUCAAUAACUCUGUGUUGGGUUACUUCAUUGGAAGAAUCUACCUCUAUCUAAUCAAAGCUGGACUGUCCAAAGAUAAAGUGCGCUUCCGUCAGCACAUGGAGAACGAGAUGGCUCACUACGCGUGUGACUGCUGGGACGCCGAGUCCAAAACCUCCUAUGGCUGGAUUGAGAUCGUGGGCUGUGCUGAUCGCUCCUGCUACGACCUCUCGUGUCACUCCAGAGCCACCAAGGUCCCUCUAGUGGCUGAGAAGCCCCUGAAAGAACCCAAAGUGGUUAACGUUGUCCAGUUUGAGCCCAACAAGGGAGCCAUCGGAACGGCCUACAAGAAAGACGCCAAGCUGGUUCUGGAGUACCUGGCUGUCUGUGACGAAUGCUACAUCACUGAUCAGGAGAAGCUUCUCAAAGAAAAAGGGGAGUUCAGCAUCGAGACACAGGGCAGGACAUUUAAACUGACCAAAGACAUGGUCAGUGUGAAGAGGUUCCAGAAAACUGUGCACGUGGAGGAGAUUGUUCCCAAUGUAAUCGAGCCGUCCUUUGGCAUCGGCAGAAUCAUGUACUCCAUCUUCGAGCACUCGUUCCGCAUCCGGCAGGGGGAUGAACAGAGGACGUAUUUCAGCUUCCCUGCCACUGUAGCUCCGUACAAAUGCUCCAUCCUUCCUUUGAGCACAAACCAGGAGUUUACUCCGUUUGUCCAGCAGUUAUCUGAGGCGAUGACUAAAUACGGCGUGUCCUACAAAGUGGACGACUCCUCUGGAUCCAUCGGGAGGCGUUACGCCCGGUCUGACGAGAUCGGGGUGGCGUUUGGCAUCACCGUCGACUUCGACACGGCGAACAAGACGCCUCACACGGCCACGCUGAGAGACCGCGACUCAAUGAGGCAGAUCAGGGCCGAGGUCGCCGAGUUGCCAGGGAUGGUUCGAGAUCUGGCUAAUGGCACCUUGACGUGGGCUGAGGUGGAGACAAAGUACCCCAUCUUUGAAGGACAAGAGACCAGCAAGAAGGAGUAGCCAAACUGGGACUCCUCUACGUGGGACCACAUUAUGAAUGAAGUUUUUACCAAAGUAAUUUUUUAAACAGAAAGCUUAUUAGCCUUAUGAAUUUUAUAUUUCUACAUACAUGAAAAAUUUAUUUUUGCUUAUCAGGAAUUCAAGUUCUCCGUCAACCCGUUCACACAAAAAGGCGUAUGAAUGAUGCGAUAAUGCGCAAGGCAUUUAGCAUGCAAUAAGGAUGCAUUUCUUGCUUUUGGUGUGUUUGACUACAAUGUAGAUGCAUCUGCGUAAAUAUGCUACGCUCGGAGCUAGUGACGUAGAAUAAAAUGCAAGACAGAGCGGAGGUGGAGGGGUCCAACAAACACAAAUUUUAACCAGGAGACCGGCAUUUGUCACAGGUUUCCAGUGGCGUUUGUCACAUGCUUUCCAUACUUAUGUCACGUUAUUUUCCUAUGUAUUUUACUUAGUUUAUGUUCUUAUUUUAAGCCCAACCAUGACAUUUUCUCUUAACCUAAGUAAGUAGUUUUGUCGCCCUAACCCAACUGCAGACGUUAUCGUAGUUUUGUUGAGUGGCGUAGGCUAGAAAUGACACGCGAAAAGCCUAGAAUGCGUCCUCAUGACAUGCAGAAUGUCCUUGUAAUAUUAUUUAUACGCCUUCCCGUGAGACCAGGUUGACAAAAAAGAUUCAAACAUUUCACAUAGACUGGAGGAAAGCUCAACCAGUCACAAACAUGCUGGAGAGUUAACAAAGUCCUCCAGCAGUAUUAUUGUCACCUGGACAGCAACUCCCAAUGGAUGUGUAGCACCGAUACUGUGAAAGCAGAAAACAGAUACAGCCAGCUUUGGACUUGAGUUUCAUACAUUUCUUUAAUACUGUAUAUGCCUUGGUUAACAUUUUAUAAUAAACCAUAUUAUACUGCCUG